AUGGGUCUCCUCUGGCAGAGAGUGGAAAUGUUUGCCCCAGGGGUUGGCACCAUUAUCACCAUUUCUGUGUGACGCAAGGGGAUGGAUCAACAGAGAAAGCGGUCGCUUUGUACUGCGGUGGGCUGGGAGGCAUUGGUGUCAAUGGUCUUUGCAUAAUAACCCCAAAUAAUUUAGAGCCAGCCUCUGAAAACGAUCCGAAUUAUGCUACUGUUGCUGAGGACAAUGGUCAACAAGCGCUCUACAGGGAUUCUCAAGUGUCAUCCAAUUUCGUCGACACCGAUAUCCUUGGCGACCCUGAGCCUGUAGAAAGCAGGUUAUGCCCGAAAGGAUGGACCCAUUAUAACAGUAUGUGCGUCUACAGGCCUUGGAGUCUUGAGGAGCGAUGUAGUCUUCUGGGUGCUGUUGAGUUCCGUGGUCUCUGUAUUAAAC